AUGGAACCAGAAGAGGCCCCUGACUACCCAGGGCCUUCUGGAAUCUGGGGGGAAUGGGGGACACAGAAAGAGAAGACUAGAUGCUGUUGCCAACUUCCCACCAUUCUACAUGGUGGUGUAGAGCCAGCCCCACCCUUGGUGAAAGAACAAGUGAUCUUGGGUGAGCCCACAGCUAGGAAGCUCACCUCAGGGCCAGAAAUGGCCCCUCGGCCGGCCUCAGACAUACGAGUAUUUGCCAGCAGCUGCACACUGCAUGGCCUUGGCCACGUCUUUGGUCCUGGGGGCCUGACCCUACGCCGGGGACUGUGGGCUGCAGCUGUGCUCCUGUCGUUGGCUACUUUCCUCUACCAGGUGGCUGAGAGGGUGCGCUACUAUGGGGAGUACCAUCACGAGACCGCUCUGGAUGAGCGGGAAAGCCACCAGCUCACCUUCCCCGCAGUCACCUUGUGCAACAUCAACCCGCUGCGCCGCUCAAGCCUCACACCCAACGACCUUCACUGGGCCGGGCCUUCGCUGCUGGGCCUGGACCCUGCUGAACAUGCUGCCUUCCUUCGUGCCCUGGGCCAGCCUCCUGCCCCGCCUGGCUUCAUGCCUAGUCCUACCUUUGACAUGGCACAGUUCUAUGCCCGAGCUGGGCACUCCCUGGAUGACAUGCUGCUGGACUGCCACUACCGUGGUCAGCCUUGCGGGCCACAGAACUUCACUGCGAUCUUCACUCGCAUGGGUCAGUGCUACACCUUUAAUUCUGGUGCCAACGGGGCUGAACUUCUCACCACUCCGAAGGGCGGGAUGGGCAACGGGCUGGAGGUCAUGCUGGAUGUGCAGCAGGAUGAGUAUCUGCCUGUGUGGAGGGACAAGGAGGAGACCCCGUUUGAGGUGGGGGUCCGAGUGCAGAUCCACAGCCAGGAUGAGCCUCCGGUCAUUGAUCAGCUGGGCUUUGGAGCUGCCCCUGGCUACCAGACCUUUGUGUCGUGCCAGCAGCAGCAAUUAAGCUUCCUGCCACCGCCCUGGGGUGACUGUGGCUCUGUAAUUCUGGACCCAGAUUUAGAGCUGGAACCCUCUGGUCAACUGGAUUCACCUAAUCCUAGCCCAGGCCCUAAAUCUCCCUAUAGCAUAAUGGGCUGUCGCCUAGCCUGCGAAACCCGUUACCUGGCUCGGAAGUGCGGCUGUAGAAUGAUGCAUAUGCCUGGCAGUGCGCCAGUAUGCAGCCCCCAGCAGUACAAAGACUGUGCCAACCCAGCCCUAGACGUCAUGCUGCGGAAGGAUGCGUGCACUUGCCCCAACCCUUGCGCCAGCACGCGCUACGCCAAGGAGCUCUCCAUGGUGCGGAUCCCCAGCCGCGCCGCCGCCCGCUACCUGGCUCGAAAACACAACCGCAGCGAGGCGUAUAUCGCGGAGAACAUGCUGGUGCUGGACAUCUUCUUUGAAGCCCUCAAUUAUGAGGCAGUGGAGCAGAAGAAGGCCUAUCAGAUGUCAGAGCUGCUUGGUGACAUUGGGGGCCAGAUGGGGCUGUUUAUUGGGGCCAGCCUACUCACCAUCCUUGAGAUCCUGGACUACCUCUUUGAGGUGUUCCAAGACCGGGUCCUGGGAUAUUUCUGGAACCGCAGGCGCUCUCAGAGGCACUCCAGCACCAAUCUGCUGCAAGAAGGGCUGGGCGGUCCUCAAACUCAUGUUUCUCACCUCAGCCUGGGCCCCAGGCCUUCCACUCCUCCCUGUGCUGUCACCAAGACCAUCUCUGCCUCCCACCGCACCUGCUACCUGGUCACAAGGCUCUAG